AUAAAUAUGGAUAUGGAUAUGGAGGCAUUUCCUCAAAAUUAUAUAUAUCAAGAAAUAAUUAGUAUGAACAAGUCAAGUUUAUUAUAAAGAAACGUUGGUAGCAGGUGCUGGAGACGAGACGAGAGGACUUGGCCCCUCCAACCGGGCCCAAUACAUAGCCGUUAAUGGACGUCCCGCAUUGGACACGGGCCGUUUUUCUAUUCACCUCUGUACAAAGAAACUAGCCGUUGGCCAUCAAACUGAAAUGUUCCCCUGCUCUCACCUACAUUUUGUCUUCACGUUCUUCUUCCGUAAACCCUCACCCUCCUCUCUCUCCUUAGUUCUUCAAUAAAUGUUCUCUUACUAUAUUGCAGCGAAGAGAGAAGAAUCCAGCUGCAUAAGCUGAGCCUGAGAGGAAAAAGAGAUCAUACAUACACUUAUUUCUUUUACUCCUCGCUGAACAAUCACUUCUUCUCUCAUUGAUCAUCGAUAUAUUUACAUGGAUGGUCGAAUUCAGUUGCGGAUCCUAGUUCCCAACUGCUGUACUGAGUUUCUCCAUUGUCAUGUUACGGGAAAUGCUAAUUCGAGCUGGGGGCGGAAAGAAAAAUGGAAGCAAGCCCACCUACAGUUUUGCGUUUUCCUGCUUCUGUUUUUCAGUUUUGAGCUUGUUUCGGGCAAGAAAUGGGACGGGGUAAUUGUAACACAAGCAGAUUAUCAGGCCCUCAAGGCAUUAAAACGCGAAUUCGUCGAUUUUAGAGGGGUCUUAAAUAGUUGGAACGACAGUGGUGCUGGAGCUUGUUCUGGCUGGACUGGAAUCAAGUGUGUGAAUGGGCAAGUUAUUGCUAUCCAGCUCCCUUGGAAGGGGCUUGGCGGCCGAAUCUCUGAGAAAAUUGGCCAACUCCAAGCUCUUCGACGCCUGAGCCUCCACGACAACGUUCUUGUUGGCCCUGUGCCCACUUCACUCGGCUUUCUUCCCCAUCUCAGAGGGGUCUACCUUUUCAAUAACCGUCUCGCAGGCUCCAUCCCUCCAUCAAUUGGUUCCUGUCUACUUCUUCAUACUCUUGACCUUAGUAACAAUCAGCUCACUGGCAUUAUACCCCCUAGUCUUGCUAACUCCACCAGGUUGUAUAGACUUAAUUUAAGCUUCAAUGGUAUUUCCGGGUCGAUCCCAAUCACUCUAUCCCAGGCCCCAUCUCUCACUUUUCUUGCCCUUCAACACAAUAAUAUCUCUGGUUCUAUUCCAGCUUCUCUUAGCAAUCUCACCAUGCUUGAGGUGUUAAACCUGAGUCAUAACCAGAUUGCAGGAAGCAUACCUGAUGAAUUAGGUAGUCUUUCCAGGCUGAAUUCUCUUGAUUUAUCAAACAAUGCCAUAUCUAGCAGCUUUCCUGAAAGUCUUUCCAAGCUCUCUUCUUUGGUGACUGUAAAUCUGAAAAACAACAAUCUUGAAAGCCAGAUCCCUGAGUCCAUUGGAAAGUUGAGCAAUCUGUCAGUUCUGGACUUGAGUAACAACAAAUUCAAAGGCCAAAUUCCAGAUUCCAUUGGGAACAUUACCGGUAUCACCUCACUUGACUUAUCUGAAAACAACCUGACAGGGGAAAUUCCAAUUUCUCUAGUCAAUAUACAGAAUCUCUCUUCUUUUGAUGUCUCCUACAAUAAUCUCUCCGGCAUCGUCCCAUCUGUUCUUGCCAGGAAAUUUAACUCAAGCUCUUUUGUCGGUAACAUUCAGCUUUGUGGAUACAGUAGCUCAACCCCAUGCCCUUCUCCGGCACCUGAAACACGGCCUUCUCCUUCUCAAGGGGCGCCUAAGCGUCGUCGUCGUCGAGAAUUGAGUACAAAGGACAUAAUUCUCAUAGCCGCUGGCGCUCUGUUAGUUGUUUUACUGAUUCUUUGCUGUGUACUCAUUUGCUGCUUGAUCAGAAAGAAGGCAGCUUCGAGAGCUAAAAAUAGCAAAAACGGCGGGGGCCUGGUCAGUAACAGAAGUGCAAAGCCAACUGCAGCAGUGGGGAGAGAGGACGAAUCAGGAGCGGAAAUAGGAGGAAAGUUAGUCCAUUUUGAUGGCCCUUUUGUGUUUACAGCUGAUGAUCUGUUAUCUGCAACCGCAGAAAUUAUGGGAAAGAGCACAUAUGGAACAGCAUACAAGGCAACAUUAGAAGAUAAUAAUCAAGUUGCAGUCAAAAGGCUAAGAGAGAAGAUCACAAAGGCGCAAAAAGAGUUCGAGAUUGAGGUUGCUCAACUUCGGAAGAUUCGACAUCCAAACAUCUUAGCCUUGAGAGCUUAUUACCUUGGACCUAAAGGAGAGAAGCUUCUUGUCUACGAUUUUAUGCCUAAUGGAAGUCUUGCAUCCUUCCUCCACGCCCGAGGACCUGAAACUAGCAUUCCCUGGCCAACAAGAAUGUCCAUAGCUAUUGGGGUAACACAAGGACUGUGCUACCUUCACACUGAAGAAAACAUAGCACAUGGGAAUCUGGCAUCAAGCAAUAUCCUUCUUGACGAACAAAAGAAUCCAAAAGUUGCUGAUGUUGGCCUUUCCCGUCUCAUGACAAGUGCCAUAAACACCGAUGCAAUUGCCACAGCCGGAACUAUCGGAUAUCGAGCACCAGAGGUUUCAAAACUGAAGAAUGCAAGCACCAAGGCUGAUGUUUUUAGCCUCGGGGUGAUAAUAUUGGAGCUCUUAACAGGAAAAUCCCCAAGUGAGGCGACAGACGGCCUUGACCUGCCCCAGUGGGUGGCCUCGAUCGUGAAAGAGGAAUGGACCAAUGAAGUGUUUGAUGUGGAGCUAAUGAGGGAUGAUGCAUCCAACAUUGGAGAUGAAUUGCUGAAUACCUUGAAAUUAGCCCUCCACUGUGUUGACCCUUCUCCAGGGGCUCGACCUGAAUCCUCACAAGUCCUCCAGAAACUCCUUGAAAUAAAGACCGACCUGAUAAAUGAACCGGCUUCUGGUGAUGAUGCUGCAGUAGUUCCAGAAAAAAGCGAGUGAAAGGCCCAUUUACACCUUUGCGUCACAGAGAUCAAAGGAAGCAAAGCAUGAUCACAAGCAGCAUACAUGAUAUGGUUAUUUUAAGCAUUCGACUACUUAUUCAUUCAUUUGUUAUUUCUUCAGAGUGUCAGAUGUUGAUUCAUUUUCUGAGUGUAUAUAAGCAGCAUAUAUACCAAAAUUCUAUUGAGUUGUCACAGAUUUAUAAUAAAAAUCUUUACAGAAAA